GUACAGACUUUGCACCAGAUACUGUAAAGAGGCCUGCGAGCUCUUUGACUGCAGCAGCUACAUUCCCUAUGAGCUCUGGGCACUAGCUCUUCACAAGAACGGACAAUACAGAGCAGCACUCGACAAAGUGGAAUAUGCUAAGGACUGUAUUCAGGAGGAGCAAAUAAAGCAGCAUCUUCAGAAGUACAUGGACCAGCUGCGCCAGGAGAUGUCCACCUCUACGCAGCAGCCGACAAUGGAGCCAGAUGCUGAUUGGUUGACGGGGACCAACAUCAGCACCACACAGUUGCAGCAAGCACGGGCGCAACAGGCAAAGAAUGCUCACGUCAAGAAGAAAAGGCAUUCCAGACCAAGACGAGAACAUGUGGAACCCAUCCAGGUUAGUCACACUGACUGGCUCAAAGGUGGACCAAUGCAGAUGGGUGAACCAAGAUACCGAACGUCUAAUGGCUUGUCACUUCCUUUCACUGGACAAGCAGGCAAGGACCCCACACAGCUCAAUGUUGACAGCAACCCUCUUCUUCAGUACACAGCCUGGGACACAUCGAGUGGGGAUGAUGGAUCAGAUCUUGAGGAUGCUUUUGAGCUUCGAGGAUCACCCUCUUCUCAACAUGAAGAGAAAGAGCCAGAGGUGACCAAAGUCAAGGCUGAAAAGUCGGACAAGACAUGGUUUGAAGAAAGUAAGGAAAUGUAUGACAAUGGUGAUGUGGACACAAAGAUUACUUGUGGCAUGGGGAUGGAUGUGGAGACUGAGAGCAUCGAGGCCAAGCAGUAUCAACAGACCAGGGCUCCUUUCUAUAGGCCCCUGGAACGCGACUUUGAGUUGAGACGACUCAUGGCAGCCAUGCCUGAGAAGUACAAGCAGUGUAAGAUACGGUUUGAGUCAUCUCACAAGGCUGUGUGUAAAGUGUUGUCAGGAGGGGAAACCUACAGUGAUAUUGAGAUUCACGGGAGGUCCAAGUGUGGCCAGACAUUCAACAAUGAUGAGGUUUGUGUGGAGGUUCUGUCAGAGCCUCACUCCCAUCCUGUGUCUGGUCAUGUGAUAUACAAGAGGGCUGAGGAAGAUGACAAGGUGUAUGGACGUGUUGUUGGUGUCCUCAACAGCAACUUCAGGGAAGAGAGCCAUACAGUCAUGGCCUGUACGUGUGAUGAUGAUGAAGGGUUUCUAAUGCAUCCUCUUUGCAAAACUGUGCCAAAGAUUCAUGCCUUGAAUGGUGUUACAAAGAAGAAAUUCCCUUCCUUGUCCAAAUACAGGAUUGAUACAUAUGAAAUCAAUGAGAAUGGACAACUCCGAUACAAGAAAUAUUUUGAUGUGAAACCAGGACUUAGAGGAAGGUAUGUGUUCCUGGUCGUCUAUCUCACCUGGGGCAUCCACCAUGUGUACCCUCUUGGAGCAGUGGUAGACAUCAUUGAGUGUGGCACCGACUUCAAUGGAGGUCUCAAGAUCCUGGAAAUGCAAUAUCAGGUUCCAACCUACUUUUCACAAGACACAGUUGCUCAUAUUGGUAAAAUUCUGAAGAAGAGAGACACUGUUCUUGCUGAUGGCAGAGUUGAUUGCACAGGGCUUGAAGUUUUCACAAUAGAUCCUGCACAUUCAAAAGACUUAGAUGAUGCUUUGAGUAUCUCUGCCAAGGAUGACUACUAUCUGAUUGGAGUCCACAUUGCUGAUGUGGCCUCAGUGGUGAAGAAAGGGGACCCUGUUGACAGAGAGGCACAGAAGAGAGCCACAAGCUUCUAUCCAUGCGAGUCCAGGACUCACAACAUGUUGCCUGAACCAUUGAGUGAGGGCAUGUGUAGUCUGCUACCAAAUGAAGAAAGACUUGCAUUGUCCAAUUUCUUUCACAUUGAAAAAUCAGGAAAGCUUGUAAAGGAACCAACAGUCAUGAAAACAAAGAUUAAAUCUUCCUGCAAGUUGUCAUAUGAAGAUGCUCAGAAAGUUAUUAAAAAUGAGGAAGUGGAUCAUGUUUCACAAACUCUGAAAGACAAUAUCAAACUGCUUCAUGAAAUUUCCCAGAACUUGAGAAAGGACAGACUUAAAGAUUCUAGGUUUGCUGUUCCAUUUGAAGAUCCAAGAUUUAUUGAGACUGAAAUCAUAGAGCAGAAUAUUGAAGCCCAUGCACUCAUUGAAGAGUUCAUGAUCAAAGCCAAUACAUCGAUUGCUCAGUGGUUGAGAAAGAAGUUCCCAAAUUGCAUCCCUAUCAGAUGUCAGCCUCCACCAUCUACCGAGGAUGUCCAGAAGUUUGUCCACAGUGAGGAUAAGUUCCUGGACCUUGUUGUGAACCUGCAAGGACAAGAAGUCUUACCUGGCAGGACGGUGGCCUCAGGGAACUGGGUAGCCAAGGGCAACACAGUGAGAAAAGAGUCUUUGCCAGUCCAGAAGAACAUUUGGCUUCAGAUUCUUGAUGGAGUUCAUGAUGAAACCCUGACUAAAGCUGUAAGGAAUAUGUGCAAAGAUGAGGUCCACCCUUUCCAAGCAAUUGCUCUUCAACACUGGAGACAAAUCAUGGAAUCUGCAGAAUACAAAUGUUCAAUGCUCUCUGAAAAAGAGCUGAAUCACUUCUCUCUGAAUACAAAGAUGUAUACACAUUUCACAUCACCUAUCCGGAGAUAUGUGGACCUCAUUGUACACAGACUGGUGCAUGCAGCUCUUGAUGGGAAAUCCUGUCCCUACUCAUCAUCAGAAAUAGCUGACAUUUGUGCCUAUAUCAAUGAUGCCACUUCCAGACAGAAACACUUCAGCAAUGGGUGCCAGGCUUUGAAGAGAGCUGCAAAGAUUUCGCAGAGGCCAAUGGUAUUUAAUGCUGUGGUGGACAAGGUCUCGGACAGUGGAGCAGAGCUCUGUAUCCCAUCUUUGAAGCAUGUGUCCAGCAGAAGCAAGGAAUUACCCUUCAACUUGAUGGACUUCAGUAAGAAACCAGAGGAGAAGCAAGAUCCUUGGUCAACAAAGACAAUUGUCACAGGAAAAUGGAAGAAAAGGCUGUAUGACUGUACUGGAUGUCCCAGCCAGCUGAUGUAUUCAAAGAUGCUGGAAAAGCAGCAAGGAUUCAAACAGAAACAACGGCCAAAACAAGUAGUGUCUAUUGUGAAUCCUAAUCAGCAUGUGUACUUUGUGGACACACAGACCUGGGCAAAGAUGUUGAAUGCAUUGUUCAGCCAGGACCACAAAGCAUGGAAGAAGAUGGUCAACAGUCAACCCAGAGAAGGACAAGAUUUGCCCACUGGAGCACCAGUGAGGGACAUGGUCACCUCAGAGCAUGGAGAUGGUUCCAUCAAGUUCCACCACUGCAAGUUUACUCUCUGCUUUACAUCCGGACGUGUCAUCAAAGUUCAGAUGGUUGCUAAUCCAGAGAAGGGUUUGCUCACUCCACAAGUGAGAUUGUUUCAGGUUUGCAAGAACCUCAGUCUGUGUCUCAGUCACAUGGAAGAUCCUGUUGGUGUGUUGAGUAAGUAUGCUACAGAAUCGACCAAAAAGAACAUUGAGUCAAUAUCUGAGUAUCAGAGAACAUGGCUGCCUCUUCUGGAAAUGGAAUCUGCAACAUCUGCAGUUCGUAGUGAAGAGAACAUCAUCAUCAACAAUGUCAACAUCGAAUUCAAACGCAACCAAGGAAAAACAAAAACCUUCUACAAAGGGACAUUCACUUUUCCAUCUAGUUUUGUGCAUGAAAGGUGCAUUGAGUUUGGAGGCAAACCUUUGGAGAAGUUGAAAGAAGAGGGAGAUGAUGAUGAUGAUGAAAGGGACAACUUUGGACGAAGGGAGUUCUCCUCAAUUGACUAUCUCUGCAUACGAAUCAAGAUUGACCAAAAUAGACCUGAGUCACGGGAAACCUAUGAUGAGGAGAUCUCAACCAAGGUCAUUGAAGUCCCUUGCCCACUGACAAAAGAAGGAAGGCAAACGAAAUCCUCAAAGAGGAGUAAGUCAUCAGAAAGGAGGAGGUCUAGGAGGAAAGCAGAGGCUGUUGAGUGUGCCUUGAAGAAGAGGAAGGUGUCUGAAGGAUGUGGAGUUGAUGUCUGUUCACAGGCAGACACCUACACAUGGGUCGGUCAUGCUCAGAUCAUGAAAGUGAGGAGAAAGAAAGACAAGGACAUGGAAUCAGAUUAUGUGACGGUCACAUUCAGCUUAAAUGCCAACAGUGGUCCUGUGCCAGACGAACUCUAUCCCAAGAGUACAGGCACUGUAGAGGUCAUCUUCAAGUCAGAAGUUGACAGACGUACAAUGAGAAUGAUACAAAGCUUGAGUGGAGACAAGUCAGAUUUAGCAAGCUGUGUUGCAUUGCACAGGAGGCCUCCUAAACUGGACAAGGACAGACUGGACUAUGGCAAGAAGAUGGAGAAAGAGGUCCCAGUCUAUGGUCUGCCUCACAAUAACACCAAGCAGCACGAGGCCAUAGACCGGGCCCUCAGUUCCAGCUUCACCCUCAUCCAGGGGCCUCCAGGUACAGGUAAGACAUACACUGGGAUCAAGCUGGUGUACCUCUUCAACAAGAUCAACAAGUUCCUUCACCUGGAGGGUGUAGAUGACCAGAGGAAACAAGUGCUUUUCUGUGGUCCGUCCAACAAAGCUGUGGAUCUCGUAGCAGUUCUGCUGUUAAAUCGACUUGGAGAUGCUUGUCCCAAGAUCAUCCGCCUCUAUGGCAGCAACAUCGUGGCUCAGGACUACCCUGUGCCCAAACGCAACUUCAUGUCCAAGAGGAGCAUGCGAGGCCUGCGAUCUGACCCCAGACUCUUCAAUGUGUCUCUCCACCACAUGAUACGACAGUCAGGCAAACCUCAUGCUGAGGAAAUAAGGAUGUAUGAUGCAUUGUUCAAGACCAAACCAGAAGCUGUCACUCUGGGCCACAUCAAGAAGUAUGGGAAGCUGGUGUACAUGGCCUCCUGUGAAGAACUCAAGAAGUGCGAUGUGAUCCUCUGUACCUGCCCAGUCGGUGGGAAUAGAAAGCUGGUCCAGUCAACGCGCAUCUUCCAGCUCAUCAUCGAUGAGAGUGCCAUGAGUCCAGAACCACAAAGCAUGAUUCCUAUCAUUGCCACUAAGGCCAAGCAGGUUGUCCUGAUAGGAGAUCACAAGCAACUGCGGCCAAUUGUUCAGUGCAAGCAAGCUGCAGAAUUGGGGCUGGAUCAGUCGCUGUUUGAGAGGUUUGCUUCUGAGGCAACUUUCCUGAACAUUCAGUACAGGAUGCACCCUCGCAUCUGUGACUUCCCAUCAGAAGAGUUCUAUAGUGGUAAACUCAUCACAGGUCCAUCCGUCGCAUGGGAGAAGGGUGUGCCACUGGACCUGUGGCCGGUGCAGGAGAUUCCCCAUGUCCUGUGCCAUGUGGAGGGGGUGGAGGACAGCCUCAGUGUGUCCACAGAAGAGGGCAAUGAACAGUCCAAGUCCAACAAGGCAGAGGUGGACAAAGUGGUUGAGGUGUUCAGCUGGCUGGUUCAGAAGGGUGGAAUCUCCCCUCGCUACAUCAACAUCAUGUCGCAGUACAACGCCCAGUGUACCAAGAUACGCGAGGCUCUGUCCAAGUACCACCAUCAGAGUCUCAACGUCAACACUGUUGUGGCCAGCCAAGGAGGUGAGUGGGACUACGUGAUCUUCAGCACGGUACGCUCUCUGCCCCAUUACAAGAUAGAGAAGAACCCAACACUGGGCUGGAGCAAACACAACCUCGGCUUCAUCACUGAUGCCAACCAGAUUAACGUGGCGCUCACCAGAUCUCACAAAGGUCUCAUCAUCAUUGGUAAUGAGAACUUGCUGCGAAGUGACAAGAUCUUCAAGAGACUGAUCGAGAAGUACGAGAAACAGGGAUGUCUGGUAGAUGGCAGCGACUUUCCGCGGAGAUACAGGCGAGAUCAUCAAAGACGACGACCUCCGGUUCCAGGAUUGGAGUGGAAAACAGCUUAAGUGCAGCACUUGCUGAAGCAACUGAACAUUCAAACAGUCCUGUUGUAAAAUGAAUAAGAAUUCAUUUCAUGGCUGUGUUGUGAAUCUUCUAUCAAUGACUGAACAUUUUCGUCUUAGUGUAUUCAACAUUUUAGUGCUAUUUGUUUUAUUUCUAUUACCGUUACAAACAUCUGCAUGCACUGUUAUUGUGUUUUAAAUAUCAAGUGAAUGUCAAGUGAUUUGAAUAUCAUCUGACAAUAUUGGGUCCAAAAUGCAAUUUGUAAAAUAUAUAUUUUACUUAUUUUAAUUUUUAUUAUUGUUGUGUAAAUAGGUACAUUUGUGAGUAAACUUUCAUGUAUUGUAGAAGCCUGCCCCAUUUGCCUAUUUAGAGAACAUGGUAGACACAUGUAUGUCAGGUAUCUUGGCAACAAGAAUAGAACACACACACACACACACAAACACAGUUAUUUUCUGUGGUAUUCUGAAGAAUAAUUCAAAGGCAUGACUGAUCAUUUAGACUGAAAUAUUUACGUCAGGAUCAUUGAUUGAGGUUUUUUUGUUAGACAUGUUGAAUCUUCAUAUGCAUUUGGGGCCAAUAUUUGUUGUAAAAUACUUCUUUAUAUAAAUAUACACAUGUAUGUAUUCCAACUUUUUGUAAACACCAUAACACCAUAAAGCCUUUGUAAUGAAAAUGGAUGUCACACCAUUUAUUAUUUGGUUGACAUGAUGAUGUAACUGUACAUAAUUUUGACAUAUGUUUCUUUUUGUACUGGAUCUUGCCAGCUGUGUUCUCAGUGGGUACUUGUUACGACUCUUGCCAUCCUUGUAAUUAGGGCUGUCAGGAUACAGGUACCCCAUGAUACGAUACGUAUCUCGACUUUAAGGUCAAGAUACGAUACGUAUCUCAAUACAGCAAUACCGACUUUAUAUGAGUAUAUUUAGAAGCAAACUUUUUAAUUACAUAUCACAUUCACAAUAAUGUGUUCUAACCACUAUCAGUUGAUUAUUUUGUAAAAUAAUAAUACUUAGAAAAGGUUGAUUCUGUUUAUUCAAACAAGUGUCAGAAACUAACAAAUUUUCGUAUGUGUCAAAUUCGGAAAAUAUGAUGAUAUUUCGAUUCGAAUAGAAAAAUCAAUCGAUACGCGAACAAAUGGAUAAUGAUUUCAAUAAAAUUUUGUAUCAAUAUAUAUUUACAUGUAUCUCAUAUCGUAUCGUGAGAAUUAUCUACCAAUGCAUUGGUACAAUCGGUGAAUCGUGACAUCCCUACUUGUAAUCUCCCUUGAGGAAUGGUCAGCCCCUCAAGCAAGGCCACAUUUUAUACACUGCUAUGAACAAUCUUGCUCAAAGAUAUGUUUAUUCCUCCAGAGCCUUUCUAUAGUUUUGUACAGAACUUAUAUUCACUAUAUCUUUGUAGCAUCUCACUCAAAAUGUAAAUAUAUACACUGUACCAAGUGAUCAUCUCAAUCAUGACGUAAAGACAUUUUGUACCGAAUGAGCAUCCCUCGGGGUGGUGGGAUAGCCUUGUGUUUUAUUUGACAUAUCAAAGGUGUAGGUUCUAUUCCCACAAAGGUGGUUAAAGCGUUUGCCCAUCACACCAACGACCCGGUUUCAAAUUACCCACAUGGGUACAAUGUAUGAAGCCCAUUUCUGGUGUCCCCCGCCGUGAUAUUGCUGGAAUAUUGCAAAAGGCUGCGUAAAACCAUAGUCACUCACUCACUCUUGCCACAAAUAUAUAGAGUGUAAAGCAUUCAGUGUGUCCAUCACCAUGUAUGAUAAUGCUUUCAAUGCAAGACAAAACUCACUCUUUGCUCUAAUCCAUGACAAAAUGAUGAAAAGAAUUGUCCCUUUUUGUAAAAUAUCCAAUGACAAAGUCUUGUCGCAGUACAGAUAUCAUUCUUUCCUCCUAGCAUCCCCCCAAAAAGAACGACAAAAAUGAUAAUUUUUGUUGUAGGCAUUGCAUUAUGUGUCCAGUGUGAAACCGAGAUGGGGUUUCAAUAUGGUUAAUUGCUGUGUUGCACUGGAUGAGCUUGAAGAUAGCAAAUGUUUGUGUGACCAGAUUCUAAACUACCACAACUAAUUUGGAGCAAGAAACAUGUCAGUGAAGCAUAUGUAUGCCAUUGUGUGUGAUGUAAAUAAGACCAACAGCUGUAUUUUAAAAAGUGCUGGUCUCAAUAUGAAGUUUUAUGAUUAUGUUUUUGUUUUACUAUAAUAUCAAUAGGCCAUAACUAUGAUAUCGAUCUUUAUUGCAUGUGACCCAUAUGUAGUCCAAUCUGGUAAAAAGUCUUUAAAAUGUGUCAUACAUAUUUAAUAAUAUUGAUACAUGCAGCUGAUGCACUUACAUUUGUUGUGGAGGCGGUAGGGUAGGAUGAUGGGUCAAGCAAUGCUCAUAUGGCCUGGGUCCGAGUUUGAUUCCCAUGGGUUUGAAGCUGAUUCUUGGUGUCCCGUGCUGGAAUUUGAUUGGAACUUUGCUAAAAGCAACAUAAAAUAAUCACUAUUUCUGUAGUGCCAUGUUUGUUUGUAUUCUUCGGAUGUGCCAAUAAUGUUUGUGUGCUUUGUUAACUUUGAUGUCUUUCACAGUGUAUUAUAUUAGAUGUGUCUCACUGAGUUUAUCAUGUGCAACAUGUAUAUGUAUAUAUUUUCAUUUAUAUUUUAACUAUGUUGACC